UGGGGAACUCGUCUCAUCUUGCAAUCAAAACGUUAGCAACAAGAUUUGAUAUAACUGCUUUGCCCUGGAAUGCCCAGUGAAUAUUGUUGGAUUGGGUGUUAAGCGUAAGGCAGAUUUUAACACUGAAGAUGUCAGACGCGCAACAAAAUAUCAGCCUGUCAAAUAGCCAGUCGGUCAUCCAGUCGGACCUCAAAAUCAACCCGAAGGAAACAGACUACAUCAAUGCAAAGUCCUAUCUCUUAUCGGCGAGUAGUGCCACGGGACUGAAUUUGUUUGACCAUCUUAGUCAAGUGUUAGCAAAAGUGUUAAGCGAGAGACCAGAAAAUGUAGUUGAUGUGUUUGAGGAUGUGAGCAAGGAAACAAAACGAGCCAAAUUUACCUCACAAGUUGACACAGUUCAAGAUAAACUUGACCAAAGCACAGAAGUUGCCUUAGCAACAAUACAGAAGAAAUUGUUUUCGAAAGGUGAAGGUGAAGAUGAAGCCCCAGAACAAGAUGAGGAAGUGGAAACCCCCUUACCUAACCUCAUGGAGCUAUGCUUCUACUUUGAACAAGCUGCUAUUGGUCUGAACAGGGAGGAAAUGAUACGUAUUUGGCUGGCUUUGAAGACAUUAGUUGACAGUCACCCACUUCAGCAUGUCCGAUUUUGGGGCAAACUUCUAGGCACAGAACAGAACUACAUUGUGGCUGAGGUGGAAUACAGGGAAGGUGAUGAAGAAGAGGAGGAGGAAGAAGAGCCUGAAGUAGACCAAGAAGAUGAAGGUCUUAAAGACGAUGAUGAAGAUGGAGAGGAUGAAGAUCAAGAGGAAGAUGACACCCCCAAGCCAGACUACAAACCCCCACCUGUGGUUCCCAAGGAAGACAACAGAUCAGGAGCUAACAAGAAAACAUACUUUGUUUGUAACGAACCUGGCAAACCAUGGAUCAAACUUCCACAAGUCACACCUUCACAAAUUUCCUCAGCUAGACAGAUCAAAAAAUACUUCACAGGGAGACUCGAUGCACCUGUGGUGAGCUAUCCCCCUUUUCCUGGUAAUGAAGCCAACUAUUUGCGUGCUCAGAUUGCCCGUAUCUCCGCAGGGACUCAUGUCUCCCCGCUGGGAUUUUACCAGUUUGAUGAGGAAGAAGAGGAAGAAGAAGAGGGCGAAGCUCGUGACAACUUUGUGGAGAACCUGGAUUUUGAAGGCAUCCCAGUGCGUGACUUGAUAGACCCCACACUGUCAAACUGGGUACAUCAUGUACAGCACAUUCUUCCCCAGGGUCGGUGUUCAUGGUGGAACCCAGUACAGAAAACUGAGGAGGAAUUUGAGGAUGAAGAUGAGGAGGAAGAGCGCGAAGAGCCUGAUGAGCCAGAACCUGAGGUUGGCCCACCACUCCUCACCCCAUUGUCUGAGGAUGCUGAGAUCUCCAACAUGCCCCCCUGGACAGCCAAGCUCUCCUCAAGCCUCAUCUCUCAGUAUGCCAUUGCUGUGCUCCACUCUAAUCUGUGGCCAGGAGCACAUGCCUUUGCUUUUGAUAAGAAAUUUGAGAACAUCUACAUUGGCUGGGGUCACAAAUACUCAACUGACAACUACAGCCCGCCUGCUGCCCCAGCCAUACAGGAAGAGUUUCCAAGUGGCCCCGAGAUCACUGAGGUGGAGGAUCCCACCCCCGAGGAGGAGGCCGCCUUACGGGCAGCACAGCAAGAGGCAGCCGAGGCAGCUGAGGAGAUGGAAGAGGCUGAGGAUGAGGAAGAAGAUGAGGAUUAAGCAUGAUUGGCUAAGC